AUGCCAGUUGCUUCUGAGUUGCAGAGGCAAUUUUCUUCUCGAAAAAGACCUGACAGGUUGAAUUGCUUUCGGCCUGAUGAUUGUACAGAAAAUGCAGAAGCAUCAGUUUCCCGAUACAGUAAGAUGUUAACAAAGACACUAAGUGGGACAGAAAGGAUUGGUUUAAGUUGGCCAGAGCCUCCUCUGGAUAUGCUGGCUCAGCAUGUUUUAGACAAACCUAAUUCCAUCAAUCCAUCAGCUUUGCUUGCAGAACUUGACCUUGAUUCUGUCAUGUAUCGAAAAAGAAGACCUCCCUAUGUCAGGAUAGUAAGCAAGCAAAUGGUUGGGAUUUUCCUCACUAUAUGGGUUCGUAGAAGCUUGCGAAAGCAUAUCCAAAACUUAAAUGUGUCUGCUGUUGGUGUUGGAGUCAUGGGCUACAUAGGUAACAAGGGCUCAAUAUCAGUCAGCAUGUCUAUACAUCAGACGCUUUUCUGUUUCGUAUGUAGUCACCUUACAUCAGGUGAAAAAUAUGGGGAUGCAGUUAAAAGAAAUGCUGAUGUGCGUGAAAUACAUCGAAGAACGGUAUUUAGUUCUCUUUCUGGCAUUGGACUUCCUAAAAGCAUUCAUGACCAUGAGAGAAUAUUCUGGCUUGGUGAUCUAAAUUACCGUAUCAAUCUGUCAUAUGAGAAAACACGAGAGCUAAUCUCCAAAAAGGACUGGUCCAAGUUGGUGGAGAAUGAUCAGGAAGCUCAAAUUCCUCCUCUAUAUGUCCUGUUUCCUGGACUUACUUUAAAAAUUGAGGCAAAGGCACCAGAAUCUACUAGGGAUGAAAUUUAUUAUGUUAUCGAAAACAGAUACCCAGCAAGGCGCAAUCUCAUUCUUCUUAUACGAGAGCUGAAAAAAGGUUGUGCAUUUGAUGGAUGGUCUGAAGGUACUUUAAACUUUCCGCCAACUUAUAAAUAUGAGUUCAAUUCAGCGAAGUAUUACGGAGAGGAUCCAAAGGUUGGGAGACGUACCCCGUCAUGGUGUGACCGAAUUCUUUCUUUUGGGAAAGGCAUGAGGCUAUUGAACUAUAAGAGGACUGAACUUAGAUUUUCUGAUCAUCGCCCUGUGGCUGCCGCAUAUAUGGUGGAGGUUGAGGUGUUUUCUCCUAGGAAGUUACAAAGGGCUCUAACAUUCACUGAUGCGGAAAUUGAAGAGGAGGAAAUUACUGCAGAUAUGGGAACUGAUAGUGGAAUGAGGUGCUCAAGAUUGGGAGAGGUUGCAAGUGAUCGGAAGCAUUAA